UCCUUGCGCCUGCGGGGCCGCGCGAGGGAAGCAGCAGUCGCCAUUUUGAAGCGGUUGUAGGGAGGCGGCGCGUGUAGCUGCUCCUGAGUGUCCGGCCCGUUCCCACCGCUUACUUACCCCGUUUACUCUCCUAGCUUCGGCUCUUCACCGCCGCAGCCAUUGCCGACCCUGCCAUGUCCGGAGGGGGCGUGAUCCGCGGCCCAGCCGGUAACAACGACUGCCGCAUCUACGUGGGGAACCUGCCGCCCGACAUCCGCACCAAGGACAUCGAGGACGUGUUCUACAAGUACGGGGCCAUCCGCGACAUCGACCUCAAGAACCGCCGCGGCGGGCCGCCCUUCGCCUUCGUGGAGUUCGAGGACCCCAGGGAUGCGGAGGAUGCGGUGUACGGAAGGGAUGGGUACGAUUACGAUGGAUAUCGUCUGAGGGUGGAGUUUCCCCGAAGCGGCAGAGGCACCGGCAGAGGAGGUGGCGGAGGUGGAGGUGGCGGGGCCCCCAGGGGCAGGUAUGGCCCCCCGUCCCGGCGGUCUGAGUACCGAGUGAUAGUUUCCGGACUGCCUCCAAGUGGAAGUUGGCAGGAUUUAAAGGAUCACAUGCGUGAAGCAGGUGAUGUAUGUUAUGCUGAUGUUUUCCGAGAUGGAACUGGUGUCGUGGAGUUUGUACGGAAAGAAGAUAUGACCUACGCAGUGCGAAAACUGGAUAACACUAAAUUUAGAUCUCAUGAGGGAGAAACUGCCUACAUCCGUGUUAAAGUUGAUGGCCCAAGAAGUCCAAGCUAUGGAAGAUCUCGGUCACGCAGCGUAGUCGUAGCAGAAGCCGUAGUCGAAGCAACAGCAGAAGCCGCAGUUAUUCCCCAAGAAGAAGCAGAGGAUCUCCACGCUACUCUCCCCGUCACAGCAGAUCUCGUUCUCGUACAUAAAUGAUUAGUGAUGCUCUCUUUUUGUAGAACCCCAUGUUGUACACAGUUUUCCUUUACUCAGUACAGUCUUUAAUUUUUUAAUUCAAACUGUUUUAUUCAAAUUGGCUCAAGUGUUGAAUUGCAUUCUUGUGUAAUAUCCCUAGUGAGUAUUUGCUCCUUAACAUCAACAUUCCCCUCAUGUCUUUGGUAAAUUGUAUUUUAAUUGAUGUUAUAGCCAGGAUUGUUUAAAUUUAGUUAAAGUUAACUACCCACACUCUGCAGACUGUGGUAUUGCUGUGUAAAUGUCUCCGUGUUCAGCUAUGGUUUAUACGAGCUGGGGAUGUUGGGAUGUUUGUGGUUAACUUGUUUCUUCUGGGGGAUCUUAUAUUUUAUCUUGCCUUUUCAUGUGUCUUUCUGUAGACAUAUCUGAAGAGAUGGAUUAAGAAUGCUUUGGAUUAAAGGAUUGUGGAGCACAUGUCAAUCAUUUUAGGAUUGUCAAAAGGAGGAUUGAGAAGGAUCAGAUCAAUAAUGGAGGCAAUGGUAUGACUCCAAGUGCUAUUGUCACAGAUGAAAUUGGCAGUAUUGACCUUAUACCAUGGUUUAAACAAGUAUAUACAUACACCUUAUCUUGUAACUUUUACAGGCAUGUUUUAGUUAUUGUAGACUACAAUUGCUCUUUUCUUUAAAACCAUGUUGGCAAUUGUGGCUAAAUUACUUGCUUUUGUAUCUCUAUUCCAUUCUAGUAUAAAAGAAAAGAAAAAUCAGGGAGGGUGGGGUAUACUGGUUCAGUUUGUCAUGCUGCAUUUAGUUACAAAUGUUAAUAUUAUGUAGUGCUGGUACAUUUGUAGAUGUAAGGUAUCUUCAAACCAGAUAGAGUAUAAUAUCAAUACUGCUAAAAUCUGCAUGUCCUCUGUGUGACUGAUACAGCAUUGCUAUUACUUUUUUUUUUUAAGUAUCAGAAUGAAAACAAAAUAUAGAAAAUUUAGCUGGGAAUAAUUCCUUAAAUCUCAACCCUUCCCCUUCAGACUAAUUCACAGUUGACUCACUAAUAUGUUUGAAAACUUCAGUUAGUUAAUUUUGUUACCUUCCAGAUGGGAAUACUAGCUUUAGUUUAGACAUAUAGCAGGUGGAUAGCUUUAGUGAUAAACUUUUCCAAUAUCAUACACAUUUUUUUGCAACCACAAAACCUGUAAUACAUCUUACAAGCAGUGAAUAUGUUGGCCUUAUCAGUUGACAUAUGUAAAUAUUACAAUGUUUUCUCCAAAUAAUGAAUAUUCCUAAAAUUUAUCUGAGCAUCACCAUUCAAAAGUUUGUUUUGGGGAAUUGAUAGUUAUUAAUGUACAUCUCUUAUUAAUUGAUGGCAAACAUAACUAAUCAUUCCCCAGAAUCCUAUUUUUUCAUUACAGUAUCUAACUUUUUGCCUCCUCUUUUUUGGUUUUGCUGGUUAUAAAGGUUUGGAUUGGAGAGGGCUCACUGGAUCCCAAUCCUUGGAGCUGGAUCAUUGGAUUCAAAUCAUAAUGUGGAUAGGAUAGGGAGGCUGAAUUACAAGGAUUCAUGGAGCGGGAUCAAAUUACCAGGAACAUAGGAGUGGAUUCCUGCCCCAACCAAACCGCAUUCGUGUGGAUUUUUUUAUUCAACUCAAUUGGCUAUUCCAAAGAUUUUUUUUCCUAUUUUUGACGAUUGGAGCCCUUAAGAUGCACGAUGGAUUUUUUUCUUUCAUUUUUUUUUUGGUAAAAGGAGCAAAGCGAGGACCUGGAGAGGUACGCUGGAGCAAUCUCCUUGGAAGGAUUCAGCACGAGUAGAUGGUAAACAUUAAAGGGGAAAAGGGGGGUUUGUUUAAAAAAAAAAAAAAUCAGUCAUUUCUCUAAAUUUAAAGAUAAAUUGGAGUUAAAGAUUAAGUAGGUUUUCAAUUGGCUUACUGCCUUUUUUUUCUUUGACAAAUAAAAUUUUUAAAAAAAAUUG